UAAGUGACGUCAGCAUCUUUGUUUAUGCGGCUUCAGCUCGUCACCUCUGUGUCCCCCAACCCAUUUUCACUCUGUUUGUGGACAAGGAGUUUUAACUUGUCGUUUUUCACGGCGCGCCUUUUGUUUAACUGUUAGUCUUGCGGUUUGUAAAAUAUUUGAGUAGACAUCAUGUCGGCGAAUGGACGAGGAUCUGGAGAAGACGCCACAGACGCGCGACGGGGCGAUGAGCGGUCAGAGGGUUCUUCGGUUGAUCCAAUGGACGUGGAUGCUAAGCCCCGCUCCCAUAGCUUUAGAUACAGUCUGGACUUCUCCAGCAUCGGUCAAUGCGUCAUCAUCAACAACAAGAACUUUGACAAGAGAACAGGCAUGAAUCAGCGGAACGGAACAGACGUAGAUGCAGCCAAUGCGCUGAAGGUGUUCUCAAAGUUGGGUUAUAAGGUGAAGGUGUUCAAUGAUCAGACAGUCGACCAGAUGGUUAAGAUCUUAACAGCUGCCUCAAAGGAAGAUCACAGCGAUUCUGCCUCAUUUGUCUGUGUGUUGCUGAGCCAUGGAGAUGAAGGUGUGUUCUUUGGAACCGAUGGCUCUGUGGAUCUAAAGUUCCUGACUUCACUUUUCCGGGGUGAUCGAUGCAAGUCAUUGGUCGGGAAACCCAAACUGUUUUUCAUCCAGGCCUGCAGAGGCACUGACCUUGACCCUGGUAUUGAAACAGACAGUGUAGAUGACGGGACCACAAAGAUCCCUGUGGAAGCUGACUUCCUCUAUGCUUUCUCCACAGCCCCAGGCUACUAUUCAUGGAGGAACACAAUGACUGGCUCUUGGUUCAUCCAGUCUUUGUGUGAUAUGAUCAGUCAAUAUGGACAAGAGCUGGAGCUCCAGCACAUAAUGACACGCGUGAACCAUAAGGUGGCAGUAGAGUUUGAGUCCGUCUCCAAUUCACCAGGUUUUCAUGCCAAGAAACAAAUCCCAUGCAUCAUGUCGAUGCUGACCAAAGAGAUGUAUUUCUUUCCUUGAUGUUUUUGUCACACAAAGAGAACCCAUUCAGACAGAGCUCUCUCUGCUGUCCAAAAGCUCAGGAGUAUGCUUCAUGUUUUGUUUUCAUUUACACAUCAUGAGUGAAAAUGGGAGGAGAGAUGUGAUGUCACACUCUUGUGAUUACAAGAGUCAAUUUGGCUGAGGUGCUGUUUUUACAUGUGGCAUUAUCAAAUGUUUAGAUUAGUGUGUAGUGAACACCACUCGUGUACUUAGUGAAGUUCAAACAUGAAAACCAGCAAAUUUAAAACUGUUGAUAAAAGAUGACUUGUGUUGUUUACACGAAACAACAUUUCAGAGAAGUGAGAAAAUUUGAAUUCUUAUAUAAAUGUACAUAUUUUUGCUGUAGCAGAAUACCUGUGACAAAACAGAACAGGUUUAACCCUUUUGUUCAUAAUGUUGAAAAACUGUGGACAGAUAAUUGAUUUUGACUAAUCAUGUUUACUAUCACAAUCAGGGGCAAAUAAUUAGAAACGUAGCAUUUUGUAAUUUUUGGGAACUUACAAUUUAAAUGGCUGAAGUUUUGCCACAUUUGUCUUAAUAGACAAUUUUUUAAAAAACAAUUAUUGGUAAUUGAUUACAAACACAUCCACAGUGUCUAUUAGUAAAGUCAGGUCAUCUGUGUCACAGCCUUUUAGAUUAAAACUUUAGAUGUGACUGAUUUAUGAUGAAACAUCGUUUCUGUCCAUAAUUCAGGUCCUGGCCAUUUUUCCAAACAACUGGUGUUAAAUUAUCAUUCAACACAUGUUUGAUUGUGCAUAUAGACAUUUAUGUAUAUCACACUGAUGACCUCAUUAAUGUUACAGUUAGAAUUGUGUUACAUUUUGCUGUGAAUGUGAAUUAUUGACUUUGCUGUAAAUUAUAUUGUGUGAGCAGCUACACUGUUUGUGUUUUUUGAAGAAUAAAUACCAUUAUUCACCGUU